CUGUACUCCCGAGAGUAAAGUCAUGAAGCAUAGCUUAGUUGUUUUGCUCUUGAGCUCAGACUUUCGAACUGCAUGGAAUGCUAGGAACUUAUCCUCCAGUGGAUUGACUGGCCAAAUCUAUUCCAGCUAAGCUAUUGGAGAAAUCAAAAAGAUGGUUCUCUUUACACUAAGGUAUGCAAUUCCUAGUAAUGUUUUUCAGACUGAAGUUUCUCUAACUACUUGAUAAGCUAUUAUUUCUCUGUAAUUCCUAGUAAUGUUUUAUAAAUUUAAAAAUAACCAACAUUUGGAUCAAACAGUUUUACAAUUUUACAGUUUCUUAAAAAAAAAAGUUUUCAAAGUUUAAAAUUAAAUUAUAUGGGCUUGGUAAUUUAUUACAAGGCCGGAUUCUGGCUGACAGCGAAAAAAGGGAGUCAAAGUUGCCACUGCAACAAGGAAAAUCCUAAAUUCACUAAAUCUUCAUCAUUAGUGAAGAUGGGAAACUUGGGGUUUCAAAAGUUUCUAUAUUUGGGAUCUUUGGAAUCUCUAAGGACUAGUUUAGUUAGGAAAAAUGGAAACUUUCCUAAGCCAAGGUGGCCCUUUUUUUAUAAGAGAGAGAAGAUGGAGAAGGGGAGAGUUAAGGCAUCAUAACCACCAACUGCUAGGGUUCUUUUGGGAUCUCCAAACACAACAAUGGCUCUGUUUCUCAGCCGAAUCUCUUCCAAGCUAUCUGCUUGUAGGGUCAGUAAAACUGCUCGCUUCUUCUCAUCACUGCCCGAGUCUCCGUACUUGCUUCUGAGUAGUGUGAAGGUGGGAGAGCCUUCUGAGAGUGGCAAAACCGUGAAGCACAAGUUAUUCGAUUCUAGGACGGAGAGAACAAUGAAGAGCAGCGAGAAAACGCAUCCAAAGGAGAUCGAUGGAGAAGUUCUAGUGGGAGCAUCGCAAGGAUGGGUUGUUUGUGUGAGCAAGAAGGAUACUUCAUUACAUCUCACUGAUGUGUUCAAGCCAUGGGUCUCAUCACCAAAAGUCAUAUCCUUGCCUGCUCUUGAGUUCUAUCCUCGUCUUGCUCUGAAAGAAGUGGCUCUCUCGUCUUCUUCUCCUGACGAAGACGACUGCGUUGUGGCUACAAAGUUCGAUAGGUCUUAUCUGAGUGUAUGCAGGCCUAAUUGUGACUCGACGUGGACUCAUUUCGAAACCACUUUCCCACUCUUGCAAGCCUCCGAUCUCAUGUAUUCGAAAAGAGACGAAGCUUUCUACUUUGCGAGUGACAAGGGUCUCUACAUGGGUUCCUUGAAUCUCACCAACAACAAAAAGAUCAAAUAUCAGCAGCUGAGCUUCUGUAACUUGCCUAUGAUCCCAGACUCCGAGUGGGAGAUGUUGGAGACAUGUUUCAUGACCAAACACUUUGUGGAGUCACCCUCUGGCGAGUUUUUCUUUGUCAAGUGGUACCGCGGGUGUUUGCACAAGGAGAACAUUGACAAGGAAGUGGAAAGUGUCCAUAUCGAAACAAGGCGGUUCAUGGUGUUUAGAGAAGAUGAGGAGAGCAGAGGCCUCUCUUACACUGAAGAUAUUGGAGAUCUCUGCAUCUUCCUUAGCAAGGGUGAAGCCUUCUGUCUCUCCGCGAGCAUGUUCCCGGGACUCAGGCCUAACUCCAUCUAUUACAUUGGGGCGGGAAUCGGUUGCUACCAUAUUGGCUCUGGUACUGUCCACACCUACAAUCCCCGUGGUACACCCAAAGCCACCAUUGCGCCCUUCUGGAUUCAUCCCACUGAUCCCAUAUGCUCCCUUCUGGAUUCAUCCAUCUCUGCUUGAGCUCUAGCUAGGAAUUGGGUCCAAAUAAGUGCCUAGCUGUGUCAUGCUACUAUUAAGUCCGUCUGCUUUAAUUAUGUUGUGUUCUUGUGUUUAAAAAAGUGUCGCCUAGGCGCGCCUGGGCGAGAGGCGAGGUGAUUAUAAGGGUGUAGCGCCUCUAGUAGAUGAGGCCAGGCGGUAGACCAAAGGCUUUCGCUUCAGGAUGUCUUGCCAUGGAGCCCGCCUCAUCUCGCUUAGCGCCUGCAAUAGUAGGAGUUGCGUCUCAUACACCAAAGACGCAGGGCGAAUCUCGCCUAGGCGCAGGGCGCCAAACCUACCCUCUGUCGCCUCACCUUGCCUCUCGCCAUUUAAAACCCAGUUGUGUUCUUCACCAAGUGGUUAUCACCAUGCCACUUGUUAGGUCUGGUUUGAGCUUUUGUGUCGUGUGUUAUAAAACCAAAUGGUCAUCAUCAUUCCAUUUGUUAGGAUCUGUGUUUCUUGAUAUUGUUUCCACUUAUGAUUGCUUCGGCUUUGAUGCUU